CAGCCACGCAAUCCAGCCUGUCGAUGUCACAGUCUUAAAAGAGCGUUGGACUAACCUAAAAGCUAUUCUUUAACAACAAAAAGAAAUGGAGGAAGCAGAGAUACGACAGCAGAAACUGGACAGUCAGCGUACGCUUUUGAUCAAGAAGCAACAAAGAAGAAGGACAGAUGCCCGAAUGGUCACAGCAAAUCAUGAUAAUUAUCCGAAGACACGCAGACAGAAAGCUGAAUCUGAUGACACAGCUUUGUUGAUAACCCAGUCUCAAAGCAACACUUCCCUCAAUGCAGAUGCACAGCCUGAGCAGGUUUAUGAAAACACAGUAGAGGAGAUUUGUUUAGGAGAAUUGAACAUUUCAUCCAAAACAGCAGAAACAUUUGAGGAGGGAGAUCUGUCUCAUCCGAUCAUGCCCAAAAAAUUUGAUCUAGAGAUCAGCUCCCAGCCAAGCCCUGAAUGCAUUCUUGACACAGAGGGCCAAGCAGAUGUAAAGAAAACAAAUAAAAAAUGCCUUAAAAAGGGCCAUACAAAAUUACCAAAAACUGUAGGAAAACAUAAGGAAAAUGAAGACAAAGAAAAAAAAUCUAUAAAGAAGAAGGACAAGAUGAAUGAAUCUACAGAAGUAGUAAAGACAGAGCAACAGUCUUCAAUUCAGGCCAAUUCAGUGGUGGAGUUCAACAUAGAGAAAAUUGAUUCAGAGAGUGAAGAUGAAAGAAAAGACUGGUCAAAGAGCCCCAAUCCUCCCACACCAAAGAAAGAACAAAAACUUAUGGCAGUGGGAAUUGACCUCAGUGACAGUGAUGAAGAAAUAAAGGAUGAUGAGGAAGAAGAAGAAGAGAAGAGGAAGAUUAAAAAACCACCAAAGAAGUCAAAAAAAGGCGAAAAAAACAUUGCUUUGUUAAACUCAAACUAUAAGGAAUCAUCUUCUGACAGUGAUUCUGUGGACAUGGGAAAGUCAUCUCCAAUGUCUUUGGAGGAUUUGGAACUGUUUGCCAUGCGUCCAGCUCCAAGAGAUGUGACCAUUCAGUGCAGGAUAACCAGAGACAGGAGAGGAGUGGAGAAAGGAAUCUACCCCACAUAUUACCUUCACAUGGAAAAGGAGGAUGGGAAGAGGGUCUUUUUGAUGGCGGGCAGGAAAAGAAAGAGAUGCAAAACUUCAAAUUAUUUAAUAUCAAUCGAUCCAACAGAUUUAUCCAGAGAUACGAAUAGCUACAUAGGUAAACUAAGGUCAAAUGUCUUGGGGACAAAAUUUACUGUGUACGACAAUGGAGAGAAUCCAGAAAGAAAACCAUUCGUCAAAGAAACAGACACCCUGCGACAAGAGUUAGCGGCAAUAUGUUAUGAGAAAAAUGUGCUGGGUUUCAAAGGUCCCAGAAAGAUGACAGUAGUCAUCCCUGGUAUGCAUGAGAAUGAUGAGCGAGUUGUUAUUCGUCCAAAAACUGAGCUGGAGUCUCUACUCACUCGAUUUGAUAAUGGUAACAAAGAAAAUCUUGUCACCCUUGUAAAUAAAUCACCAACCUGGAAUGAACAAACUCAGUCAUAUGUUCUCAACUUCCAUGGCCGAGUUACACAGGCGUCUGUAAAGAACUUUCAGAUUGUCCAUCCAGAUAACUUGGACUAUAUUGUGAUGCAGUUUGGGCGGGUAGCAGAAGAUGUGUUCUCAAUGGAUUACAGCUUUCCCCUGUGUGCACUACAGGCAUUUGCUAUCACCCUGUCCUCCUUUGAUGGCAAACUGGCUUGUGAAUGAUCCUAAUUCAUCUUUUUGUAUCGUAUGUGCUUUUAAAAAAAAGGAAAACUCUGCAGUCGUGUACAAUUUUCUUUAGACAUUUUAUAAUAUCUGAUAAAGUAUAUAAUUGGUCUAUUCUAUUAAUUGAUUAUGAAUGUAGUAACAUGUAGUGUAUUAAGCUGAUGUUUGUUUAUAUUUGUAUGACCUGUCUGGCGGAUGUUAUUUAAUAAUGUAAGUUUUUCUCUUCGCUUUGAUUUUCAAAACUGUUGUUUAAAAAUUAUAUUUGAUACUUUGAGCAAAUAGUUUUUUUAGAAUGCUAUUUUCUUCUUUAGUUAGUAUUUUACUUGUCUAUAUAUUGACUGUAUAUGAGAUUAAAUAAUAAAAAUCAUGCAACUACUUUUUAUCAAAUUAAAGCUAAAGAUAAAAUGAUAAGUCAACAAAGAUUUAUGACUGCAGACAUGACUUGGUUUAAUAUCUGUGAGAUACACAAGGCCAUAUUUCACACUGUAAAAGGAAGCAUUUCAUUGCAGCAGGGGGCAGUAAAGGCCAUUGACGUCUUUUCAUACUUUGUCAAACUAACAUAGAAGGAAAACGGGACAAACUCCAACCGUGUGUCUCAAUCAGCUCCCUUGUUCAGUAGUCAGGGCACUGAUCAGGGAGUCGGCCAUUUUAAGGGCUGUCUCAAUCGCAAAAUCCGUUCAGUGCACUGGAACGCUCGUUCCCUAAAAAUUCCCACAAUGCAACGCAAAAACCAGUGAGCAUCGAUGUUCCCUAUGUUCCCUAACCGGAAAUCACGUGACCUUUUCUGACGCUCGCCACCCGAACAUCACGUGAUCCAACUCAAUAAACUUUAUGAAAUGUAACAGAACUUUUAUAAAGACAAACGUUUGUUUUAGUUGUAAAUAUAAACACACAUUGCUACACAGUAAGGGACCACAAUCUACUCAAUAUUUAAAAUAAUGAUAUUUAUUUAAAAUUGUAAAUAUAUUUAUUACAUUUAAAAUGUAAUUAUAUGCCUCCAAUUUUAUGCACAGAUAUGUAAGAGAAUAAUGACAGCAUUUUCCACAAUGUACUGUUUUUUAAAAUUAAGUCAGAGAGAUGUUGGUUUUGCCGGUUGUUGAUGAGUAACAGCUGUGAAUAAUCACAACGCGCUUAAGCAGCCACGUGACAGAAAAAUAAGUGAACAUUGUCCCAAUGUGAAGUGAGCUAGGGUCCUUACCAGUGCCCGAACCUGUGUACACGAUAUACUGAUUCACGACCUCGGGAGCUAGGGAACGAAUUGAGACACACGGCAAGAGACAGGGGUAGCUGCAGCUUGGAGCAAUGGGCGUGGCAAGAGGUAGGGGCGUGGCAGGAGGUAUGGGGCGUGGUAAGAGGUUUCUCAUUGGUCAAAGGAGCUUCCUCCUGGCAACUGCGUUGGCCAAUCAGCCGUAACCAUAGUUAUACGUCAUUUCCUUUAGCUAAAAAGAAAUCGUAAUUUUCUUUUGAUGGAAAGAAGAAGAUGGAUAUAAUACAUGUGCGAUAUAAUUUGAUGGUCUCUUUGCUUGAUGUCUUUUCAGCUUCGGGGAUUAUUUAAUUGUUGUUGACAGAUACAUGUUACAGUGAGAAAAAUUAAUGACUGCAUUUGCAUCGAAGACAUCCGAGUCGGCGAUUUAUGUCGAUGUCCGUUCUGUGCUCUCAGUGUUGUUAGAAUAUCGCAAGAUACAAAGCCAUUUGCAAAGCCACAGACUUCGCGCGGUUCGCCAUGAAGGGGGGUCACUGUGCGUUCUAUUUAGAUAGAGAGUUUGAUGGCUUCUGUUCGAAGGAAUGAGUUUUGAACACAAGAACACAAGCCUUUGAUGACAACUUCAA